AUGACAUCUCUCGCUAGACCUAUAAACUUCCCUACUUCCAGACCAUCAUAUGAUCGAUUAUCUUCAUCAUCACCCUCACCUUCUUCGUCACCGAAAUCAUCCUCACUCGAACUUACCUCUUCUUCUCCAUCACAACAGCAACAUCCAUGUCCACACUUGAACCAGUUCGUCCAAAGUCUGGUGAAAGCGUACUGGGGCCCAAAUACACCCUCUACAAAUAAUUCUACCAUGAUGGGAAGAUCCGGUAGAUUCUGA